GAAACCCUGAUUAUGAAGGGAAGGGAAGGGAAGGCAAGUACCCAACCCUUGAAAGUUGAAAGUUGAAAGUCCCAUAUUCUCUCUCCUUGGGUUCGGUUCGCUUCGGCGUUAGAUAAGAAAAGAGAAAGAGUAACCAACGCAACGCAACACAACACAACACAACACAACACUUUCUCUCUCCACUCUUCACCAUGAAAAAGCUCUACCAUAAAGGGACGGUCCACCCCUCGCCGCCGCUCAUCUCCGACCAGCUCGCCUUCCUCCCGGCGGCCAUCCUCGCCCUCGCGGCCGCGCUCCCUCCCGACGACAGGGAAAUCCUCGCCUACCUCCUCUCCUGCUCCUCCGCCGCCACCUCCAACUUCCCCGGGCAGCCCCGCCGGAGAAGCGCCGCCGUGGAAGCCGACCACGCCCCUCUCUUCAGCUGCAGCUGCUUCGCCUGCUACACCAGUUACUGGGUGAGGUGGGACGAGUCCCCCAAUCGCCAGCUCUUGCACGAGAUCAUCGACGCCUUCGAAGAUAACUUGGCGCAGAGCGCCACCAAGGGUAAGAAGAACGGCAAGGGAAAGAAAGACAAGAGGAACAAGAAGGGAUGCACUAGUAGUAGUAGUAUCGCCAAUAAACACGCUCAUUCCACCGAGUUACCGAGCUCGCCGAGUCGCGACUCGCCCCAGUCGGAAUCCGUGCCGGAGAGUAACCCUAGUGCCGGCGCUGACCCUGCUGAAGGGGUUUCGGUUGAAGAUAAGGGUUCGGUUAGGAAGUUCGUGAGUUUCAUUGGUGAAAGGAUUUGGGGGUGGGGACAGUGAGAGCAUGAAAAGUUAUUUGCAAGCAAGUUGGAUAAUGAAGAAAGGAAGAGAAAAAACAAGAGGAAAGGUAGGUUUAGAUUUUAAGAUUUAAUCCACCUCUCUUGAAGUUUCUUUUUUCUUUUUUGUUUUUGUACAUUAAUCUCUACUACCCUGGAAUGUUUAAGAGUAAUGGCUGUUUGUGAUUCAGGGGUAAAGUUUUGUUAUAUAUAAUCAAUCAAGCCAUAUAUGUCAAAUUAUGAGUUCAAUUUCUGCA